GUCCACAACACGUUAGCACACUCACAUAGUGGGGACCGAAAACAUAGUGGGGACCAAAUCCCCGGUCCCCACAAUGUUUUGCUUUUAAUCGGCUCAGGAGGCGGUGCUGAUAUGACUAGUGCAGUUUUUUUCUUGAUCCCCUCCAUGAACAAAAACCGGAUUUCUGUGUGUGAGUGUGUGGGGCCGCGCUGCUCUACAGCGCCCCUGUAGCCAGGUCGCGGAACUGCACCUCUAUACACACAUGUGACGUAAUAUAUGAAGGUACACAUUUUUUAAACCGCUCAUGCCAAAGUCGCUUAAUUAAACGACAAAAACAACUUUAAACAGUGUCUGUCAACGGGGAAAGUACAUUCUUUCAGGUAAUUAACCUACUUGUAAAUAUUAUAUUACAUAAUUCAAUAAAUAUACAUCACAAAUUCGAAUUAUUUUUAAGAAUGUUUAUGUGAUGGAGUUUUUUAAUGAGAUUAAUUAAUUAACGUUAAAGUUUUUAUCAGAAUCAUAAUCUUUGAAUAAGGCGAAUGAAUUAUUGCUUAACUUAAAUUUAAUGCUGUUAUACAAUUUAAAGUGUUUACUUGUGCGUGUUACUGCGUAUUGUAAAGUGUUAUAAACUGCGGUGUGGCGGGAGAUUGUGAGACCGCGUGACCUCUCUGAAUUACUGGAACCCGAGGAGCGACGUGAGACGGCCUGUUGAAAUGAAACGGAGAAGAAUAAAACCGUUAAAAGAAGCGGAAGAUCAUGUUCUCCGUUGCAUCGACAAGACCGACGCACUGGAGGCCAAACACAUAAACGAUUAUAAAGGUCGUGGAGUCUUUGCCUUAAUUCCUUUUAUUAAAGGAGAUUUUGUUGUCGAAUAUAGGGGAGAAAUGAUUAGCUUAAUUGAAGCCGAACAAAGAAGAGAGGCCAAUCAAGACACUUUUUUUAUGUUUGACUUCAUCUGGCAGAACAAGAAAUGGAGCAUUGAUGCAACUCAUGAGGAUGGCACCCUUGGCCGCCUUAUAAAUGAUGAUCACAUAAACCCAAAUUGUACAAUGAAAAGGAUUAUCGUUGAGGGAAAACCCUGUUUGUGCCUAUUCGCUGCAAGAGAUAUCAUUCCUGGAGAGGAACUCACAUAUGACUAUGGAGGAAGUCACUGGCCUUGGAGAAAGCCUCCAUGCAAGGAUGAUGACAACAUGACAGCAAUAGAGAACUGCUCUGAUGAUUCUGUAACUACUGAAGGCACUUCACGAUUCACAGCUGAGCCUCCAUGCAAGGAUGAUGACAACAUGACAGCAAUAGAGAACUGCUCUGAGGAUUCUGUAACUACUGAAGGCACUUCACGAUUCACAGCUGAGCCUCCAUGCAAGGAUGAUGACAACAUGACAGCAAUAGAGAACUGCUCUGAGGAUUCUGUAAUUACUGAAGGCACUUCACGAUUCACAGCUAAGCCUCCAUGCAAGGAUGAUGACAACAUGACAGCAAUAGAGAACUGCUCUGAUGAUUCUGUAACUACUGAAGGCACUUCACGAUUCACAGCUGAGCCUCCAUGCAAGGAUGAUGACAACAUGACAGCAAUAGAGAACUGCUCUGAGGAUUCUGUAACUACUGAAGGCACUUCACGAUUCACAGCUGAGCCUCCAUGCAAGGAUGAUGACAACAUGACAGCAAUAGAUAACUGCUCUGAGGAUUCUGUAAAUACUGAAGGCACUUCACGAUUCACAGCUGAUCCUCCAUGCAAGGAUGAUGACAACAUGACAGCAAUAGAGAACUGCUCUGAUGAUUCUGUAACUACUGAAGGCACUUCACGAUUCACAGCUGAGCCUCCAUGCAAGGAUGAUGACAACAUGACAGCAAUAGAGAACUGCUCUGAUGAUUCUGUAACUACUGAAGGCACUUCACGAUUCACAGCUGAGCCUCCAUGCAAGGAUGAUGACAACAUGACAGCAAUAGAGAACUGCUCUGAGGAUUCUGUAACUACUGAAGGCACUUCACGAUUCACAGCUGAGCCUCCAUGCAAGGAUGAUGACAACAUGACAGCAAUAGAGAACUGCUCUGAGGAUUCUGUAACUACUGAAGGCACUUCACGAUUCACAGCUGAGCCUUUGGUUGAUUACUCGGACACCGAAGAUGAAGUUUUGUGUUCUAAAAUUAAGACAUCUUAUAAAAAGAGUGCACCACAGUAUCAUCAUCACAGCACACGGUUUGUGAGAACGGCACACUUCCAGCAGACCCAGUCUCCAAAAAAAAGAGAGGUUACGUUAAGAAGACGGCCUGGAACAAACUUGAGAUACAGGCUGUGGAGAAGCAUAUGAUGAGGUUUAUUAACAAUCACAAAAUUCCAGGAAAGGCAGACUGCAUGAGGUGUAAAGAGGCGGAACCACUUGCACUUAAAAAUAGAGAGUGGUCUACACUUAAAUUUUACAUCAAAAAUCGAAUCUCUGCUCUAAACAGAAAAUAUCUGCCAAAUUAAUUGACACACUGUCAGACUGAAUUGUUCAUUGGUAGAAACAAGCUUUUAUAGUUUUAAAACAAGCUUCCAUAGUCAAAUGGUUAGCGCAAUAGACCAUCAGUUCCAUAUUAUUGUUUGGAAAUGUAGAUUGUUCUUUCGAAAAUUAAGGCAUUUUAAAUAACUUUUAGACUGGAGUCUUUUUUUUUCAUCCUUGUCUGCUUCAAAUGUAGAAUUGUUUUUCUAUAAAUGCAGACAUGGUAGAUUUUCAUUCUAUUGUACUUGUUUUCAAAAACUUGAGAAUGCAGUGUUUGUCAUGAAGGGUUUUAUUAAUAUAUUUUUUUUAAUUCAACUAGUGUUUACUGUGAACAUCUUUAUGAAAUAUUUCUGCAAAUUUUUGUGGACGACUGAAACUUAUGCUAAUGUUUCUGAUCCUGACUGUUGACGUACUAAUGUUAUGAGUUUUGAAAAUGUAUGUCAUAUACUGUAUAACACUUUUUUUUUUACUAAACCUUUAAAAGUACUAAGUUAAUUUUGUUUCUACAUCUAAAACAAACAUCUCCAAAAUCAAUUAAAGCAUGGAGCAGAUUGUAGCUCCUUUUCUGUCUAAA